CUCCAGCCCUCUACGGCUCUACCACAAGACCAAUUAAUUUCUCCUUCUUGCUCUUCUUUCCCAUUUGUAAUACUCAUCAUCUGUUCUGCAACUGCACCCCAAAAGUUUCCCAGAAAAAAUGGCAACCUGCAUAGACAGCUCAAGGUCUGUAAUGGCAGGGUUAAACGUGGACCCAAUGCCCAUGUAUGCUGAUCCCACCAUUUACGAUUUCGUGGGGUACUCAAGGUCUUUUAGCCAUGCCAACAAUGAGGAGAGGGAUGAACUGUGGGUGAAGAUGAGGGAGGAGGCCAGGAAGGAUGUGGAGCAAGAGCCUGUCUUGGCCAGUUACUACAUAGCCGCCAUACUUGCCCAUGACUCACUUGAGAGCGCACUGGCCACCCACUUGGGCUAUAGGCUCGCCACAACCUCCCUGCCUGGUUCCAGCCUUGCUGCAGUCUUCAUGACCGUGCUCCUGGAAGACCGUGCAAUCGGGGCCAAGGUUCGGGCUGACCUGAAAGCAAUUAAGGAAAGGGACCCGGCAUGUGCUAGCUACGUGCAAGUCAUGCUCAACUUCAAAGGGUUCCUAGCAAUUCAGUCCCACCGGGUGGCUCACCGGCUCUGGACCAUGGGCCGGGUGCCCUUGGCGCUGGUCAUCCAGAACAGGGUGUCCGAGGUCUUUGCUGUUGACAUACACCCCGGCGCCCAGGUCGGGAAGGGAGUGCUGCUGGACCAUGCUACCGGCACUGUGAUUGGGGAGACUGCGGUCAUCGGCGACGACGUGUCGAUCUUGCAUAACGUGACGCUAGGGGGUACCGGCAAGGCGAAUGGGGACCGGCACCCGAAACUUGGGAAUGGGGUGCUGGUGGGUGCUGGUACCCAUGUACUAGGGAACAUCAAGAUCGGGGCUGGUGCUAAGAUUGGGGCUGGCUCAAUCGUGCUGAAGGAAGUGCCGGAGAGUAGCACUGCAGUUGGGAACCCGGCGAGGUUGCUAUGUGGGAGAGACAAGCCCAUCAAGCUAACCAGCAUGCCGGGCUUCACCAUGGACCGGACCUCCUUCUUGACCCAGUGGUCCGACUACGUCAUAUAAAUGUAAUCAUCUGUUCUGCUUUUGGCCUUGUUCUAAUUAAGCUUUUGCGCACACAUAACAGU